CCAAAGAAACCCAUUAAUUCAGCACUUAAAUAUUGGCAUGUGAUCGUUGGGGGAAUAUCUGACAGCAAUAGCUUCAUCCAAUGGCACCCAGAAGAGGGAUUGAAAUGCUGUUGAGCAUGUCCCUUGUGGUGGCUCUUUUGGGAGCCACAUUGGCUCAAUCCGAAUCAAGUUGCACCAAUGUGCUCUUAAGCCUUUCUCCUUGCCUUGACUACAUAACAGGAAAUGCCUCUACCCCUUCAUCUGUUUGCUGUUCUCAACUUGGCUUUGUGGUGAGAACACAGCCACUUUGUCUAUGUGAGGUUGUUAACAGUGGUGCCUCAUCCAUUGCUGCCAGUCUCAACAUCAAUCAGACUAAGGCCUUGCUACUUCCUAGUGCUUGCAACGUUCAAACACCACCUAUUAGCACCUGCAGUGGCUCAGCUUCUUCCUCAUCAGGUGUUUCUGUUUCCAACAUUCCAAAUUCCCCUUCAGGGAUUGGAUCCAAUACCUAUUCAUCAACGACCGGAGGCAGUAGAAGUGUCGGUGGUUCAUAUCAUGAAAAUUCAAGUUCCACUACGUUGCCUUGUUCUUUGCUUCUAUUAUUUCUCUUUGCUACGACUUUGACUUUCUCAUUCAAGACCGCCACCUAGACUGCGACGUUGCACAUUUGUAAGAGAAAUUUUAAUUUUAUAACUAU